AUGUGGCGACGCAUUGCACCUACAUUACAAACACAAUGUCGCUCUUCACCUCGUCGCUAUGCAUCGCUGCAGCGAACUAGUACAGCUCCACCAUUAUGUUACACGAGCCAUCAAAUCAUGCAGACACGCGCCAUGGCAUCACUCUCUGGUCGACCCCAAAUACCCAAAGGAUUUGAAAAGUUCUUUGAUCGAGAUCCCAAGAAACCAGAAAACAACAAUGACAACAAGCGACCGGAUGAUAAAGAUCAACUACCUGGAGGUGGUGGAGGCAACAAGAUUCCAUGGUUACCUAUUGCAUUGGGUACGACUCUUCUUUGGUGGAUGACCAUGCCUUCAGAAGCAGCACAUGAAAUGACUUGGCAGGAGUUCAAGACAAAGUUGUUAGAAAAGGGAUUGGUCGAUCGCUUGGUUGUGGUGAAUGGCACUGCUGUGCGUAUUUAUUUACGACCUGAAGCUGCACACACUGUUGGACCCCAUCCAGGUGCAUUGUAUUUCAGCAUUGGAUCAGUGGAUUCGUUUGAAAGGAAGAUGGAAAAGGAGCAAGAGGCAUUAGGCAUCCCAUCUGAUGAAUACAUCCCUAUCGCUUAUCAUCGUGAAGUACCAUUAUUCGAUGCACUCUUGCAGCUUGCACCAUCCUUGAUUAUCAUUGGUUUUCUCGCAUACAUUGGAAGGAAUGCAGCACGAUCGGCAGGUUCUGGUGGUGGUCCAGGGGGCAUCUUUGGUAUGGGCAAGAGUCGUGCACGCAAGUUCAAUCAAGAAACAGCUGUCAAGGUCACAUUCAAGGAUGUAGCAGGUGCUGAUGAAGCGAAGCAAGAAGUGAUGGAAUUUGUCAAAUUCUUAAAGAAUCCAUCCGUGUAUGAACGUCUCGGUGCUACGAUUCCCAAAGGUGCUAUUCUCUCGGGUCCUCCAGGCACUGGCAAGACGCUUUUAGCAAAGGCUACUGCAGGCGAAGCUGGUGUGCCAUUUUUCAGUGUAUCAGGAUCCGAAUUCCUGGAAAUGUUUGUGGGUGUGGGUCCAUCACGUGUACGCGACUUGUUUGCCACAGCCAAGAAGAAUGCCCCUUGUAUGAUAUUUAUUGACGAGAUUGAUGCCAUUGGUAAAGCACGUGGACGUGGAGGACAAUUUGGUGGAAACGAUGAACGAGAAAGUACAUUGAAUCAGCUCUUGGUGGAAAUGGAUGGAUUUGAGACACAUGAACAUGUGGUGGUACUUGCAGGCACCAAUCGACCUGAUGUAUUGGAUCCAGCACUUAUGCGACCAGGAAGAUUUGAUCGCCAUAUCACCAUUGAUCCACCCGAUUUACAAGGACGUAUUCAGAUUUUCAAAGUACACAUGCGUGGGCUCAAGAUCCAUUCAGAUGAUAUCGACAAAUUACGGGAACGACUAGCAGCAUUGACACCUGGGUUUUCGGGUGCAGACAUAUCAAACACAUGCAAUGAAGCAGCAUUGGGUGCAGCACGUGAUAGAAAGGAUGCAGUGACGGAUAUCGAUUUUGAACGAGCCAUUGAACGAGUUAUUGCAGGCAUUGAGAAGAAAUCACGUGUCAUUUCACCAGAGGAAAAGAAGACCAUUGCUUAUCACGAAGCGGGUCAUGCUAUUGCGGGUUGGAUGUUGGAGUAUGCCGAUCCCCUUCUCAAAGUAUCAAUCAUUCCACGUGGGUCAUCAGCCCUUGGUUAUGCACAAUACGUGCCUGGCGAUCAGUACUUGUAUUCGACAAAGCAGUUGAUGGAUCGUAUGUGUAUGACACUUGGUGGCCGUGUAUCAGAGGAGAUCUUUUUCAAUGAUAUUACGACUGGUGCACAAAAUGAUUUACUCAAAGUGACAAAGAUGGCAUAUGCACAAGUGGGGACGUAUGGUAUGAAUAGCAAAGUUGGCCCAUUAUCCUAUGUCGAUCCAAAUGAGCAAGAACGACUCCAAAAGCCUUACUCUGAAGCCACCGGCGAGAUCAUUGAUGAUCAAGUUCGUCAGCUUGUGAGCGAAGCACAUCGACGCACCACACAAUUAUUGAAGGAGAACAAGGAUUCGAUUGUCAAGGUGGCAGAGCUUUUGCUUUCCAAGGAAGUGAUUACACGUGAUGACAUGGAGAGGUUACUUGGCAAGCGGCCUUAUCCCGAUAGGCUUCCUGUUAUCCCACCUCAAGACGUUGAGCAGGAAAAGGGUGAUGAAUUAAAACAAAGAAGCGACUUGGAUAAAGAGGAGGGGAACAGCAACAAUGAUUCAUCCGAAGAUGAUAAUGAACCACGUACACCACCCUCUCACCUAUAG